ACACUGGUGAUGAUCGUCUGCUGCUGCACCUGUAGGCGAGCCCGUGUGCGGCGGCGAUCCCUCGGAGGAGCUUUACUUGCUGACUUACCGCCAGUCGCCAGCGAACGCUCGAGGUGUCUGUUCAUCAGUGAUGGCACCGCGGACCAAAGUGCUGUUUAGUGCGGGGAGGUUUAUCAGUCAAUUGAGGACCCCCGGAAAUGGAAUUCGCACCUACUAUUCGUAUUCGCACGAGCCGUUCCAUCCCCUGAAAAGGGCGCCAGUGUGGACGUCGGCGGCGGAAGCUGUGUCAGUCAUCAAGUCCGGUGAUGUUGUAUUUGUUCAUGGUGCUGCUGCUACUCCCCUCAAACUUGUCAAAGCCAUGACUGAACAUGGUAAGAGCAGCCAACUUAAGGAUGUAACUGUUUGUCACAUACACACAGAGGGACCAGCCUUGUAUGCUCAGCCAGAUUGUGAAGGUAUAUUUCGGGCCAAUUCCUUCUUUAUCGGGUCUAACUGCAGAAAAACUGUGAAUGAUGGAAGAGGAGAUUUUGUGCCCAUCUUCCUCUCAGAAAUUCCUAUCCUUUUCCAUCGGGAAAUAAUCAAAAUUGAUGUAGCUCUGGUGCAGGUGUCACCACCAGAUAAACAUGGGUUCUGCUCUUUGGGAACAAGCGUUGAUUGUGCUCGUGCUGCAGUGCAAAAUGCAAAGUAUAUUAUUGGGCAGGUUAACCCAUGUAUGCCACGAACAUUCGGUGAUGGCGUUAUCCAUAAGAGUCAUUUUGAUGCUAUGGUUGAUGGCAUUGAGAACCUACCAGAACACAAGCCAAAGGAACGCUCAGAAGUAGACAAUCAAAUUGGGAAACUUAUUGCUGAUAACCUAGUUGUAAAUGGUGCUACUCUACAAAUGGGUAUCGGAAAUAUUCCUGAUGCAGUUUUGGCCUCGUUGAAGGGUCACAAAGAUCUGGGGAUACAUUCUGAAAUGUUCAGUGAUGGAGUGGUUGAUUUGACGGAGGCUGGUUGUAUUACCAAUGCCCACAAGACAUUUCAGCCAGGAAAGAUUGUUGGCAGUUUUAUUGUGGGAACGCGAAGACUUUUUGAUUUUGUGGAUAACAAUCCUUUUGUUACAAUGUGUGAUGUUUCUUUUGUCAACAACAUCCCUAUUAUAGCUGAGAACCCAAAAGUAACUGCCAUUAAUUCAUGCAUUGAAGUAGACUUGACAGGCCAGGUUGUGUCAGAUUCUAUUGGCACUCGGAUGUAUUCAGGUGUUGGUGGGCAAGUGGAUUUCUUAAGAGGAGCUGCAGUUUGUAGGGAUGGCUUAGGUAAGCCUAUCUUAGCCAUGCCAUCUGUAACAUCUCGUGGAGAAUCCAAAAUUGUUCCCUUCCUAAAGCAAGGUGGUGGUGUUGUCACAACAAGAGCUCAUGUGCAUUACUUGGUAACCGAAUGGGGUAUAGCUUAUUUGUUUGGUAAGAAUUUGAGGCAACGUGCAGCUGCACUUAUACAGAUUGCGCAUCCAGAUCACAGAGAGUCCCUCGAGAAAGCUGCUUUUGAAAGACUUAAAUGCAUGCCUUCUCUAGAUUAGAUUUUUAAAUGCCAAAAAAUUAAGUACGUUUAAGUUGAGUGUGGACCAUGCACUAAUCGUGUAUAAACUAUAGAUUUUAUCGAGCCAUAUUUUAAUGUCAAUAUUUCUUUCCUUUACGUACCAGUACUGUUCCUAGGGGUUUUCACAUUGUGAUCUCAUACUAGUCUAUGAAAUAAGAUAUUUUUUGCCAACUUGUUUCUAAAUAUAAUUACAUAGUGAUAAUCUGAAGAUUUUUAUGCAUAAUAAAUUAUACUGUCAGCAUUCUAUGCCAUAUUUAAUUUCUUGUAUACUUUAACAUGUGAUGGAAAUCAUAUUGGUACCCUCUACUCUGAUCUUAAAUGAAUCUCCUAUGAAUGGUCCUAGAGAUUAUAUUUUCCCCUUUAGCUGGCUUUUAUUUCUAUUGCAUGUUAUGUUUUCUUUAUAUUUCAGGGUUAUUCUUAAAUUUGGUUACUUUAUCUCUGUUAAUUUUGUUUACGAUGUGAAUACAUACUGUUACAGUUUACAGCAAAAUCUUCACAGGCACUGAAGAGUAUAAAAAACUUUACUCUUCUUUUAAACAUUGACAGACCUCUUUUACUUACUGGGAAUCAUCAUAAAUGUAUUUACUAAAACAGUUAGAAUUAUCCAAUUCUUAGGAAUCACUAAAACAGUCAAACAGAUACUGAGCAUAAUUCAAAGUGUAGAGUUUUUAUUAAUUAAUGUUUUGAAGGUUUUGUAACGUUACUGUAGUUAAAAUACUUCUUUUCAUUAUUGUUAUUCAAAUAUUCGUUUAUAUAAAUGUUGCAAACUGAUAGUGAACAUAAGUUCUUGUAGUAAUGGUAUAUAAACAGCAUUUACCUUACAUGUUUUGUGUCGCAGCAACUUUGUUGACUGCAUGUUGCAUAUCUUUCAGUGUAACAGUUUUUAAAGGAACAGUAUUAAUACAGUACAUGUAGUUAUACAUGUUUCCUCGUGUUUAACAUAUGCCAGAAUAUUUCUAGUUAUCCUGAUUUUUCUUACAAAAUAGUGUACAUAAUAAUUAACUGAACAACAAAGUUUACAUUUUAACAUGGAAAACAAAGUAUCUAAUUUAACUUAUAUAAAAAAAUAUGUAACUAGUUUCUCAUAAAUUUAAUAUUUAUUUGUAUGUUCUCCUUAAAGAUUUUUAGCAGUCAUGGCUUUGCAUGUCUGUCAGUUGUAAGAUCCCAAAGAUGCCUCCAGUAAUGAAUUUUCUGUUCACUUUGAAGUGAAAUUUUGCCUUGUGAUAUUAGAUUUAUUAAGUGUUCAUGGUCGGAGUAAGUAGCAUUUCUAUAUUACCUCAUCUUUUUGCUCAUCUGGUGUUAAAGAAAAUAUGGUUGAGAAGUUCCCAAUAUCAUUAUUGAUAAGGGAAAUACAGUAGUAUAUUGUAUAAUUCUUGUAAAAUUAAAAGUAAAAUUGUCUUAUGAAUGGACAUUUUGUGAAAUCAAGUUUAUCUCUUUAUGAAGGGAAGGGAAAUCCCACCGAUUAGGAUUCUUUUAUAAUGACUUUUGUCUACAGACCAGAAAACUGUUGCCCAACACCAAGAAAAUAUCUGCAAUUUGCAGAUUUCCAGAGCAAGGUUACAUUGUCCCCAACUUAUGGCGUGGGUUCUCUUCCAGCAGCUCCGAAAGUUGGUGCUUGGUAAUUAAUUAAUAAGUACCAUAAGCGCCUUUAACAGAGCCAUAACUAGAAACCUAUUCUUGAUAAAUGUAUUUGAAAAAGUGCCGUAAGAUCAGAAUACCGUAACUAGAUACCUAUUCUUGAUAAAUGUAUUUGAAAAAGCUCCACGAGAUUGGAAUACCGUAAGUCAGUGACACUGUAUUUACUAAGGUUAAGAGCAUGACCACAAUACACCAUUUUGACCGUACCCUCCAACAUGGUGAGUACAUAAGAAUUGCUUUCAGAGUGGGUUAGUCCCUCUGUGGGCCCCAAAUAUAGUUUACUCUGCCAUCUUGAGGUUCCUCCAGCAAAUGAGCAAGAAAAUUAUACAAAAACAAACCUGAUAAUACUAGUGUGGUCAUGCAAUCAAAAUUAGACUUAACACAAGAAUGUUCAGUCAACUAUGGUAGUAAGAAUGAUCUUUUGUAUCAGAGGUUUUGUAUUUCAGGAAGAAUAAGGAAAAGGAAGGCACUGAUAGUCAACUACAGUGGCUUUGUUACAUACAACUCUCAUCAUCCUUUACUAUUUUGGUCUAACAUAGAAUGGGCAAAGCCUCAACCCCUUCUAUUCCAUUUUUGAUGUAACAUAGAAUGGGCAAAGCCUCAACCCCUUCUAUUCCAUUUUUGAUGUAGAGUGGGCAAAACCAGGAAUUUACAGCCAAAAGACUAACUAGUGAUACCAGAUAGUCUAAGUAUUAGAAGGGAAUUAUUUUUAAAGCCUGGAAAAUAAGGCCUACACAGCUUCAUUCUUCCCUCUUGCACGAGUAGAGCAUCCCAACUCCCCUGUUGAAAGGCUCUAAUCAUAAAGACAGACAGAGCACAUAUAAAAAGACCUGAACCAGACUGGAAUUUAGAUAAUAUGCAGUACUGUAUCUGGAAUAAUAAGGUGAAGAGAACUCUUACAUACUUAAACCCAUGAAUGAAUUGCGUAAAAGGCGAAUGACUGAAAUGAUCCUUUGAAAAUAAGCAGCAUCUGUAGAUAGCAUGACCAGACCAAGGCAGAAAUUAUGAACACCAAACUGACAAAAUUAAGUAGAUCCUGUAUGAAUAAACAAAUUCCAAUGUCCACAGAGUUCAACUGAAGACAGAGAUCAAUGUGAGUCCCCUCUGGAAGCGCUAACAAAAAGAAAGAAUGGGUACCGUAUUUCAGGGGUAAUAAGAAAGGUGAUGAAAUUAUGGCAGGCAUAAAGGGGAGCUAUGAAAAUCAAACUGAUGCCAUCAAGAGGGCCCCCACAACAAAGUUAUCUCCAGAUGGUAGGAAUUAAUUAAAGCAAAGGGGUGGCAAGAGACUUUCCAAAGAUUGGGAAAGUCCUAAUGGAAAGAUAUUACUCUUAAUAGUUUAUGAUAAUGAGAUACUUAAAAUAAGAUAGGUGGUGACAAUUUCUCACUUAGAAAUUUUCUUAAGAUUUACUUUAGGAAAGGAGCUCAUGGGCCUGUCUAUUACAUGACCUUCAGGUGUAACUUAAACAGGCACUAAAGCACUUGGAAGGAAUUUUAGUGAGGGGAAACAAACACACAAAAAGCCCCCAGAAUUGUCAAAAAUAUACUAUACUCAUGAUGGGUGAAAAAAAAUAAGAUACUGGAGAUGCAAAUGCUUUGUGCAACAGAAAAAAGGGAUCAACCUGUGUUAACUUGGAUUGAAGCUUUAUGCUAGUGGAAUAUGAAAUUAAUCUACAGUCCAAAAUGUUCCAACUUGGAAAGAAGGAAUGGCAGCUGUGCUCUAAACUUUAUCUCUUUAAAACCAUUAAUAGUCUAGAUAUAUACGUAUAGUAUUUGCACCUUUCUCCUCCCCUAAAAAUAGGCUAUGUAUUUGAGAGCCAACUAAACUAACAUAGUAACUAUGUGAUACCUACCAAAUAAAACUAUUUCAACUAAUGUGACAGAGUCAAAUGUGCAUCUCUUUGAGCAAGUCAUUAAAAUAUAAGAUUGCUAUUAGUUGUUUGGGUAAAAGGUGGGCUCUACUAUAUGAACUUCAUGGUACAAAUUGAAUGCCUCUUAUGGUGUCGGUAGAUAUACCUAAAACAAAGUACAUUUAUUUUAUAAUAAUUUCACAUCAAAAUAAAUUUUUUCUCAUUCUACCUUAAGAUAUCCAACAGACAAGAAAUUAAUAGGUAACUAAAAAUGUUGAAUAAACACCUCAUAUGUGGCAUUACAACUACAGUAAUAAACCAAUUAUAUUUUAAAGAUGUUCCUAGUCAAAGUUCUACAGAUCUCUUGUUACACCACCAAUAUAUCAAUACAAUCACUCCCCUAUAAACAUUAAUAACAUCAGGCUACAAUGAUUUAUCUGGCAUUAUGUUACACAAGUGACAAGCAAUUAAAACUAAUAUAUCUGUAAUACAUAUGUGAUGUCUGCACUGCCUUCUACUUCUAUGCACCUGUAAUUGUUGUGUACUACUGUGAAGUCGCCAAAAAAUAAACUUGUCCAAGUAUUACAUUUACUAACUGUUAAGUAUUUAGCAAAAAAAGAAUUUGGUUGCAAGUUACAAAGGUCAUAUUUUAAUAACACUGAUUAUAGAGCAAAGAUUCACCUAUAAAAACAAGUUUUGAAAAUUUUUUGUAUACAUCUGUACAUACCUUUAUAUGUUUUAUAAAUAAAAAUUUGACAAUUAAUGGAAUGGUUUUUUAUAUUAAUCAAGGGUCUAUUUUAUAUACUGUAAAGCAUUGUCAAUUACAAGCAACUGUUUUUAAAGAGAAAUUGUUUCAAUGCCAGGCCAACAACUUAUUGUUACUUGAAUGUGUGCAUGAAUAAAAUGAAUGAAUACAA